CCCUGAUGGUUAAUUACUUGCAAUGUUUUAUGUUGUUGGUGUAGAAGGAGACUGGACGUCAAAGGAUUUCUUUUGUGGAUGCAACAACAUCCCAGAUAUAGAUGACAUCCUGGAGGCUGUUAAACCAGAAGUCUUUGUGACAGAUGAAGAGAUUGCGGAUCUGGAGAAAAACCUGCAAAGUGGAAAUGUUCUGUCCAACACAAUGUAUCUGUGGAAACACAGAGGAUUUGAUCCUGCCCUCAGAAAACAUUACAGUGAACAUCUCACUUUAUUCAAUGGCAUGAAGACAGACGAGAUUAUCCAGAGACUGGAAAAAAUCUUGACAGUACCUGGAACUGUAGCUGAGAAGCAGCUAUUCAUAACAGAGGUCAUUUUGCCAGAGGUGUUGAUUCAGUGGUUGCAAGGCAACAGCAACAUGUGCCGUUACCAAGCAGAAUCUGUGCUUCUAACAAUCACAUCUUCAAAGGAAAAAGGAGCUGCAAGGAAGACAGCUGAGGAUACAGACAGCACAGAAGAGGAAAACAUUCUUAUCAGAGAUAGCCUAGCUGCAGCUGACUGGUGCCGUAAGGCAACAUUCGAUGGAGGACUGAAACUCCCUGCUGUCCUUUCAAUGGACAGAGAAGAAAAGAAAAAAGCCCUCCAGGAGAUGGACACCUGGAAUGGGGAACUGGAUGAGGCCUAG